UGUAGUUUCGGUUUUGGGCCGUGGGAGCUCUCGUUUCCGCGUGUCCGUGAACUGUGUGAAAACUUGGUCAACAGCCGCGGGACUUGAGCCCGGUUCAGCCGCUGAAAGUGCCCGAUUCGACCCGUUUCCCGUGUCCGUGUGAGCCCGUGUGCUGUCGGUUGUCCGUGGACCCAGAGAGGACGGGACCGAGCCGCGUGAGGACGCAGUUUUAUCGGCGGAGAGAGCGCGGAGCCGCGGGUCUGAGCUGCUCCAUGUGGUGGGCAGAUUAUCUGUAACAAAGAGCCGAGAAUCCCGCUUCGUGUCGCCGCCUCGAGCCCGGUCCUGAGCCCGGUUUCGUGCCCGCAGCCGGAGAUGCCUCUGCUCCACCGAAAACCCUUCGUGAGGCAGAAACCUCCCGCGGACCUGGACCCACACGAGGAGGUGUUUCUGUGUAAAAUAACCCACGAGAUCUUCCGAAACUACGAUGAGUUCUUCGAGCGCACCAUCCUCUGUAACAGUCUGGUUUGGAGCUGUGCGUUGACGGGCCGAGCUGGACUCACGUACCUGGAAGCGGUAGAGAGCGAGCGGCGGGCCCGGUCCAGUCUUCAGAACUUCCCUGAAGUUCUACUCAGACCUCUGCUGCUCCUCGUGAAGCAAAGCCAGAGCAAACGUCUGUCUGAGCUCUGUGAGGAUGUCUAUGGCUUCUGCAGAGAGCGGUACUUCCCUGGAGAGAACGUGGACGUCAGCACCCGAGGGGGCAACAGAGUGGCGUGUCAGGUUGUGCAGGUCCUCUCUCCUCACUCGAGUGCCAACGGUUCCACGAUGAAGACCGAGGAAGACUCCAUCGUCAUCAGCGACAGCGACGAAGAGGAGCCAAGCAUUCCCCCUCACGUCAAUGGUAAGCGUGGGAAGCCGCUGUCUCCCUCUGUGUUCAGAUACACUGUGAAACUACUGAGUGGAGAGGCCGAGACGUUCACAGUGAAAGCGGCUCAGCUCAGUCGGCGGAAGAACGUUGUGUCCAGAGAGAAGCUGAAGCUGCUCUUCAAAAACCACUGUGAGCCGCGUAAUGGAGCCAUUGUCCUCAAGUCCUCCACAGUCUCCAAGUUCAGACUCUCAGACCUGAACUUCACUCAGUUUUUCCCCGACGAACCUCCAGUGUUUAGCUCCUCCUCCAAGAGCUCACCUGGGCAGGGGGCGCUCUCUCAGUUGAAGGCCAUGGAGGAAAAGCUGAAGCUGGUGCAGCAGAAGGAGGAUAUGGCCCAGAAGAAGAGGGAAAGAGCAAAAGAAGACAGAAAACGACAGAAAGAAGAGAAGGAUGAACGAAGGAGAGUGGAGGAACAUAGACUGAACGAGAGAAGCGAGAAGGCCAGAGAAAAUCAAAAACAGAAAAGAGAGAUGAAGAGAGCCGAGAAGGAGAAGAAAAUCCAGCAUAAGAUUGAUGAACUGAAAGAGGAGAAACGGAGGAGAGAGGAGGAGGAGCGCAUCAGCCUCAAGGAGAACCUCAAGAAGAUCCGAGAAGAACUGAGGCAGAAGAGACUGGAGGAGAGAGAGAUGAAGAGAGUGGAGAAAGAGAAGGAGCGAGAGAAGCUGAAGGAGGAGAAGAGGAAAUACGCAGAGAGGCUCAAACAGCUGAGCAGACCCACAGAAGACCUGGACUGUGAUGACCUGCAGGAGCUGCCCCGUCCCUCCCCGGUGCAGACACGCCUCCCCACUCACCUGUUCGGAGAAGCUCUCAUGGUUCUUGAGUUCCUCAGAUCCUUUGGAGAAAUCUUUGAGCUGAAGGAUGAGUUUCCAGACGGCAUCAAUCUGGAGGUCCUAGAGGAGGCGCUGGUGGGCUCAGACCCUGAGGGACCGCUGUGCGAGCUGCUCUUCUUCUUCCUGUCAGCCAUUUUCCAGAGUUCAGAUGAAGAUGAGGAGCGACGCCCUGAGGAGUCGGACCUAUCAGAGGCCCUGGAUGAUGCUCCUGACUCCGCUUCCUCUGCUCUGGCUGCCAUGACAAUGGCAGCGGGGGCAUGGUCACAGCUACACCAAGGGCGGAGCCUGAAACAUCUGGACCUGGACAGUUGCUCCCUGAGCGAGAUCCUCCGACUGAAGAUUCUAUCAGCCGACGCCAAAGAUGAUCCCUGCGCAGAGCUGAGAAGCAUGAGGCCAGAAAUACUCCAGAAACUACGGAGUACGGCAGUGUACGACCUACAGCCAGGGGAGAAGCUGCAGAUCCUAAACGCUCUGGUGGGAAAACUCCUCACUCUGGGACUGAGCCGAGACCUGAUCGAAGACUGUGUGGACGAGCAGAAGACUGCAAGGAGCGAGCUGAGAGAGAUACGAGCAGAACAGCACCGUAGAGAGAAGGAGGAGGCGGCCUACAGAGUUCGAAUGAGGAGAGAAGAGCGGCUGAGGGAGCAGGAGCAGAAGAUGAAGGAGAAGGAGGACAAGCUCCGAGAACAAGAGAACAUCAGUGUGAAUGGAACUGGACCAGAACCAACUCCAGGGCUCAAGAAACCCGAGCAGAACCAGGACAAAGAUGUUCAGAAAGGGCUUGACUCCAAACCUGUCCCACUGACUCCAGAAGAACUCCAGAAGGAACAGGAGAAGGUGGGUGAGUUGCUGGUUCGACUCCACAGAGCCUCUUCUUGCACUUCGCUGCUUCCUUUGGGCAGAGAUCGCUGGUUUCGUAAAUACUGGCUUCUCCCAUCACAGUCUGCUCUGUUUGUGGAGGAGGACACGUUCGGACUGACCGCAGACAUGGCCCGGCCUGAGGUUGGCGUCACUGAGUGUGCCCAGAGCACAGUGUGUAACGGCAGUUCACAGGAUGUGGAGAUGGAGGAGGGUGGAGUCAGUACUACCUCCAGCUCUGCCCCUAUCUGCCGGGACUCCGCCCCUCAGAGCCCUGACUCCGCCCCAGAGGCCUCAGACCCCACCCCUGCCCCCUGCCUGCCCCAGAGCGCCCCCCGCUGGUGGUUCUUCUCGUCUGUAGACCAUCUGGAGCUGCUGCUGCAGAGUCUGAACCCGCGCGGGCACAGAGAGAGCGGCCUGAGGGAGGCGCUACUGAAUGAGAGAGCACGCAUCACCACAGUGCUACAGACCUGUGAGGAGAGCAAGUACAGCCACACAGAGGAACAGCAUUUCUCAGAGUGCACUACAGCGGAGUCUGUGAUGGAGGCCAAACUCAGAGACCUGCUGCUGGACAUUGAGGAUCGGGUCUACCAGGGCACGCUGGGGUCACUCAAAGUGCCAGAGCGACAGGUGUGGAGGGUGGCACUGGAGGCGGGUCAGUACCACACUUUGAUUAACAGCUGUGAGGACCAGUUGAUGGAGGUGGACUCUGACUGUCUCGGAGCCUCAUCUGUGGGCAGCCACAGCGUCAGGGCCCUGGCGGCUGCUCUGGGUCAGAUAGAACGAGGGAUUGAGAGGCGCUUUCUCAAACCUCCUCUGGGUGAAGAGGAUUUCAAGAAGGAGCAGAAGGCCAAGAAGAACCAGGCCAGUGAUGAUGUGAGUGACAGCGGGCGUGGGAGCAGGUCUCUAUUGGAGAGGUGGAGAGAGUCUCUGAGCUUCUGCUCCAGUCUGUCACAGGUGUUUGUGCACCUGUCGACCCUGGAGCGCUCCGUGCUCUGGUCUCGUUCUCUGUUAAAUGCUCGCUGCCGAAUCUGUCGAAGGAAAGGAGACGCAGACAACAUGUUGCUGUGCGACGGCUGCGACCGGGGACACCACACACACUGUUUAAGACCCAAACUCAAGUUGAUCCCGAGCGGAGACUGGUUCUGCCCCGACUGCAAACCCAAACAGAGGUCCAGCAGAAUCCCGUCUAGGACAAGAUCCUCCAUCGACGAAGAGGAGGAGGAAGAAGAGGAGACGGAGGACAGCGAAGAGGAGGAGGAGACAGAUGACAGUGAAGAGGAGGUGGAGGAAGAGGAAGAGAAGGAAGAGGAGGACAGCCCACCCCCCAGCAAGAAAAGCUCAGCCCCGCCUCCAAAGGGAAAGAACCAAUUGGCAUCGUCCAGGAUCCAACAGGCCACACUCAAAAACACUGGGUCUGCACCAAAACCUGCCUCCAGGUUGUCGAGUAAGAAGGCUUCUCCGCCCUCGUCCAAAGCUCCACCCAGAGCAGGCAGCCGCAGCAGUGCCCGCCUCAGCCUCGAAGUCACACACAACGGGAAGAACACCCCCAAGACUACCCCCAAGACUACCCCCAAGAACACCCCAAGGAAUACCCCCAAAACCAGCCCGCAGAGCCAGCCUGACCCUGCCCCCUCUAUAGCCCGCCCUGUGCUCUCCUCUGGACUCUCUUCUGGACUCUCCUCGGGGUGCAGGAGGUCCUCUGGGAGAAAUCAGGGUGUGCACGAGCUGUCAGCCUGCGAGCUCCUCACAGUGGAACUGGUCAGACACGAGGACAGCUGGCCUUUUAUGAAGCUUGUGUCACGCACUCAGGUUCCAGAUUAUUACGACAUUGUGAAGCGGCCAAUUGCUCUGAGCACCAUCAGAGAGAAGGUUAACAACUGUGAAUACCACUCAACAGCCGAGUUCAUGGCCGAUGUGGAGCUGAUGUUCUCAAACUGUCUCCAGUACAACCCUCGCCAAAGCAACGAGGCCAAAGCCGGACUCCGUCUGCAGCAGUACUUUCACUCACAGCUCCAGAAGAUCGGCUUGAAGACCAGAGAGGAGGAGCCUGCAGCCAAGCGCUCCAGGCACUGAGGAGGGAAAUUGGACCAGGCCAGGAGACUGGGCCCAGAAGGGGGAAGCAAGAACUGGGGACUAAAGGUUUGGGCCUGCUUUGGGCCUGCUUUGGGCCUGCUUUGGGCCUGCUUUAGUCCAGUUUUAGAUUUGAGUUAGUCUCAUAGAAAAGUCCUGAAAUCUGACCCCAAAUGUGACCUCAAAUAGAGCAGGCUUGGAUGAAUAAAACUUGACUUUAAUGACAUGACCUACAUUUCUAUUGUCCGUUUGAGAUUUAGGUGAAAUAAAAAGUUUUAUUGUUUAAAUAUUAACAAAAGGAAAAACAAAAUCCUCCUAUUAAAAUAGAUGAAAUGUUGAUUAAAUGUGUUGGCUGAAGUGGACAUGGGCUCCACACAUGCUUGAUUUUCAGAGCAUGCAACUGCAGCUCUAAAAAUCAAACUAUGAAAUCUUAAAGGACUUUGGUCCUGUGUCAAAUUAAUUGCAUUAAAAACAAAGCUGCAAGUGAUUUAAAAUAAAUAUUUCUUCAACACUUUAAAACCAUUAGCCAACCUCAACAUCUCGGCCUUAAAGCUCCAUUUGUCGCAUUUCAAAAUGUAUUUUUAUAUAAAAGACGAGUGUAAAUAUGUAAAAGACACAUAUCACUGAGAAAAGCAGACGUGUCCUCGUCAUUUGACCUCAGGAAACUCCCAUUGUUACAAAUGCCUUUGAACCUGAGGAGACUGGAGCUUUACAUUUAUACAGUUAAUUUAAUAUGACACGUUUCAUUUUAUGACUCAUUUUUAUACUUUGUACAUUUUUUCCUGGAGUUACAUUUUUGUUUAACAGUUUAGAUUCAUUAACAUAUUGUUGGGUCCAAUAUGUUUCUAAUUUCAAAUGCUUUUAGUCAGGUUUGAUUUCAUUGAUCACACACAGCAGUGAGGCUUAUGAUCACGAAGGACAUUUAACCCAGACAGAAGUCAAAUAAUCAGAUUUCAUUAAAAAAAAACCUAAAACUUAACCAAAUGCGUCUGAAGUAAUUUUAAGCUCCAAGGCUCCUGUCUGCUUUUCCUGCUAUGACUGGACACAAGUCUAGAACAAUCAGAUUUGAAUAAACCUUCUCAGAAUGAUCCAUGACUCUGACUGAACGCACCUGUUGUUACCCCGGCCUGUGGGAUUGUGGGACAUGCAUUUUUUGUUGUAGUUUUUGUGUCAAACUACUGCUUUAGUUUAUUUCUGUUGUAUUUAUUAAGAAGGUAAUUGUUCUCCUGUUUUUCCACUGGUUUUGUGUUUGAUAAUUAAAAUGUAAAAAUAAAUGAUGUUUUAU